AUGUCUGCACCCGAUAAGAACACCAUCGACAGGCACAGCAGCGACUCCAGUCAACAUGUCGUGCAAGAUCAAGAAAAGGUCGCUGCCGCUCAAGCCCCUAUGCCUGUCGAAGGUGUGCCUGCAGAUGGGAUGCAGACUCUCGACCUCAGCAAGGCAGAUUCCUCUGUCGUCAAGCCCAUCGACAGCGAGACCGAAGAUGCUUUGGAAAAGCUACCAGUAGAUGAACAGCAUGUUCUCCGGCGCCAGCUUGUCACUCCAGACGUCAAAGUGACGUAUUUCACACUGUAUCGCUAUGCCACGAGGAUGGACCUCAUCAUUUUGAGCAUCGCCGCCUUCUGCGCCAUCGCUGCUGGCGCUCUGAUGCCCCUGAUGACCGUCAUUUUCGGCCAACUCGCCGGUACCUUCCAGGGCUUUUUCCAGGGCACCACUCCUGUGUCAGCCUUUCAGGAUAGCUUAUCUACAUACACGUUGUAUUUCGUCUACCUGUCCAUUGGCGAGUUUAUACUCACUUACAUUUACACCGUUGGAUAUUUAUACACCGGCGAGCACAUGUCUGGCAAAGUGCGAGAAGCCUAUCUUGCCGCUAUUCUUCGUCAAAACAUUGGCUACUUCGACAAAUUGGGAGCCGGAGAGAUCACCACCAGGAUUACGGCCGAUUCUAAUCUUGUUCAGGAGGGCAUGUCUGAAAAAGUCGGAUUGACGCUGAAUGCUAUAGCAACUUUCGUCGCUGCCUUUGUCAUCGGUUUCGUGAAAUACUGGAAACUCACUCUGAUCCUGACCUCGGUUGUUGUGGCCAUUGUGACUGUCAUGGGCGCUGGCUCAACUUUCAUUCUAAAGUACAACAAGCAGUCUCUUUCGUCUUAUGCGGCUGGUGGAACGAUUGCAGAAGAAGUGCUAAGCUCUAUUCGAAAUGCCUCUGCCUUCGGAACUCAGGAUAAGCUGGCUAAGCAGUACGACGAGCAUCUGGGUGUUGCGGAGAAGUGGGCUAGGAAAAUGUCCAUUACGCUCGCAUGCAUGCUUGGGAGCAUGAUGUGUAUCAUCUACCUGAACUAUGGGCUGUCCUUCUGGCAGGGUUCUCGCUUCCUCGUGGCUGGCGAAAUGAACUUGUCGUCCGUCAUUACCAUUCUUCUGGCCAUCAUGAUCGGCGCAUUUUCUCUUGGCAAUGUUGGCCCAUGGAUCAAAUCAUUUUCCACUGCUACUGCCGCCGCUGCGAAGAUUUUUUCGACUAUCGACCGUGUUUCUCCAAUCGACGGUACACUGAACGAAGGUCUCAUCCCUGAAUCUGUCGAAGGCACUGUUGAACUCCGAAACAUCAAGCACAUAUACCCUUCCCGACCAGAAGUUGUUGUUAUGGAGGAUGUUAGUCUAAUGGUCCCGGCUGGCAAGACAACAGCCCUGGUCGGCGCUUCUGGAUCUGGCAAGAGCACAAUUGUAGGCCUGGUGGAACGCUUCUACGAUCCUGUCGGCGGCGAGGUAUACCUUGAUGGCAUUAAUAUGAAAGACCUGAAUGUCCGAUGGCUUCGUCGCCAAGUCGCUCUCGUUCAGCAAGAGCCUGUCCUAUUCGCGACUACUGUCUUCAAGAACAUCAAGCACGGUCUGAUCGGUACAGAACACGAGCAUCUUGACGAUGAAAAGGUUACUGAGCUCGUACAUGACGCUGCGAAGAUGUGUAACGCUCACGAUUUCAUUACCGCGCUUCCAGAAGGCUACGAGACGAAUGUCGGAGAAAGAGGCUUCCUCAUGUCUGGGGGGCAGAAGCAGAGGAUCGCGAUUGCCCGAGCUGUUGUCAGCAAUCCACGAAUUCUGCUUCUAGACGAAGCAACAUCUGCACUCGAUACGAAAAGUGAAGGUGUCGUCCAGGCUGCCUUGGACAAAGCUGCAGAAGGCCGGACAACAAUCGUCAUUGCCCACCGUCUAUCAACCAUCAAGAAUGCCGAUAACAUUGUCGUCAUGUCCCGAGGAAGGAUCGUCGAGCAGGGCCUGCAUGAUGACCUCCUCGAAAAGAAGAAUGCCUAUUACAAUUUGGUCGAGGCUCAGAGAAUCGCAGCCAAAACCGAGACAGAGCUCACCGAAGAAGAGGAAGACUCUGCCAGCUCAACUGACGAGAAAGAAAAGAUAGAGUUGAAUCUGUCUCGGUCAAGAUCUAAGAGCCGUGGAUACGAGGAAGCAGAAGAAGACGUAGCUCUUCGAUUGAAGAAAUCAAAGUCCGCAAUGUCACAAUCAGAGAUUGCGCUGCAGAAGCGCCCAGGCGACAAGGAGCAGACUUAUUCACUUUGGACUAUCAUCAAGUUCAUCUGGAGUUUCAAUCGCUCAGAAUGGCAUCUCAUGGCUUUCGGUCUCGUCAUGGCAGCAAUUGCAGGAGGUGGCAAUCCUGUCCAGGCAGUCUUCUUCUCUAAAGCUAUCGUAUCUCUGUCGUAUCCUCCAAACCAAUAUGACCAACUCCGGAGCGAUGUGAAUUUCUGGGCUGCCAUGUAUCUCAUGCUCGCUUUCGUCAUGUUCCUCUCUUGGACACUGAACAUGUCUACCUUUGGAUAUUGUUCAGAAAAACUGAUACACAGGGUACGAGACAAGGCAUUCAGAACAAUGCUACGACAAGAUAUUGGCUAUUUCGACAGGGAAGAAAAUACCGCUGGUGCUUUGACUUCAACUCUUUCGACACAGACUACAAGCUUGGCCGGUCUCAGUGGUGCUACUCUUGGAACGAUACUCAAUUCCGUGUCCACCUUGAUUGGCGCAUUUGCGUUGAGUCUCGCCAUAGCUUGGAAACUAGCUAUCGUCUGUAUUGCUACAGUCCCAGUCCUCCUGGCAUGCGGUUUCUUUCGCUUCUGGCUUCUCGCGAGGUUCGAGCAUAGAUCAAAGAAGGUCUACGAGAAGUCUGCAAGUUUUGCUUGCGAAGCUACUGCCGCCAUUCGCACCGUUGCAUCUCUUACACGAGAACAAGAUGUCUGGGACCAGUAUCACGAACAAAUCGUCGACCAGGGUAGAAGGAGUCUGAGGUCUGUGCUCAAGUCUUCUGUUCUUUACGCCUUGUCUCAGUCGCUCAUCUUCUGCUGCACUGCUCUCGGCUUCUGGUGGGGAGGAACGCUCCUGGCGCGAGGCGAGUUGGGUCUUUUCCAGUUCUUUGUUUGCUUUUCGUCUGUAAUUUUUGGCUCUCAGUCUGCCGGCACCGUCUUCUCAUUCGCUCCAGACAUGGGCAAAGCCAAGCACGCUGCCACCGAGCUCCUGAAUCUGUUCAACCGUGUCCCCUCAAUCGACACCUGGUCGAACGAUGGCGAGGAGGUCCAGACGAUGGAAGGCAGCAUUGAGUUCCGCGACGUACACUUCCGCUAUCCCACCCGUCCAGAGCAGCCUGUGCUUCGUGGCCUCGACCUGACCGUCAAACCUGGCCAAUAUGUUGCACUUGUCGGCGCAAGUGGCUGUGGUAAGAGUACCACUAUCGCCAUGCUUGAGCGCUUCUAUGACCCUCUGGCUGGUGGCGUUUAUGUCGACGGCAAAGAGAUCUCGUCCCUCAAUAUUAACCAGUACCGAAGCUUCCUGGCGCUCGUCAGCCAAGAACCUACGCUGUACCAAGGUACAGUGCGUGAGAACAUCCUGCUUGGGGGCGAUCGAGAGGACAUCACGGAUGAGCAGAUCGAAAAAGCCUGCAAGAACGCGAAUAUCUACGACUUCAUCAUGUCGCUACCUGAGGGCUUCAACACUGUCUGUGGUAACAAAGGCGCCUUGCUUUCUGGAGGUCAGAAACAGCGAGUAGCCAUUGCUCGUGCCCUCAUCCGCGAUCCAAAGAUCCUCCUUCUCGACGAAGCCACCUCCGCGCUCGACUCGGAGUCUGAAAAGGUGGUACAAGCCGCACUCGAUGCUGCGGCCAAAGGUCGAACCACAAUUGCCGUGGCACAUCGUCUUAGCACGAUCCAAAAGGCCGAUGUCAUCUACGUCUUUGACGCAGGCCGGAUAGUAGAAAAGGGAACCCACCAAGAACUAAUAUCAAGAAAGGGCAAAUAUUUUGAAUUGGUCAGCCUACAGAGUCUAGAAAAGAUGCACUAG